AUGUCGCUAUCACGUUCAUGUACUCAUCAUGUCUCUCUCCCAAAACCAGGCCCCGGGUUCGACGUGAUUGGCCUCGCUCUGUCGAUGUACCUCGAACUCCGCGUCAGCAUUGACCGAACUCAGCCAUCCGAUCCAUCAAUCCCUCUGAACUGUACUGUAUCGUACACGGGAGUGGGCGCGGACGAGAUCGACCUAAACCCAGCCAAUAACCUGAUUACCCGAACGGCAUUGUACGUUCUGCGUUGCCACGACCAGCACGACUUCCCAGCCCAGACACAUGUUCACAUCCACAACCCGAUCCCGCUGGGUCGGGGUUUGGGGUCAUCCGGCGCCGCCGUGGUCGCCGGCGUCUUGCUCGGCAAUGUGGUCGGCGAUCUGAAGCUGUCGAAGCGGCGGCUGCUGGAUUUUUGCCUCAUGGUCGAACGACACCCGGAUAACGUCGCUGCGGCCCUUUAUGGCGGGUUUGUCGGCACGUAUCUCAACGAGCUCGAUCCGGACGACAUGGCGCGCAAGGAGGUCCCGUUGUCGGAAGUCCUCCCUCAACCUGCUGGUGGCGUGGAUACGGGGCUGACACCGCCCAUCCCGCCCGAGAAUAUCGGCCACUAUCGACGGUUCAACUGGGCCAAGGAAAUCAAGGCGCUGGCCAUCAUCCCUGACUUCGAAGUCAGCACGGCCAAAGCUAGGGAGGUUUUGCCCAAGACCUAUUCGCGGCAAGAUAUGAUCUUCAAUCUGCAACGUCUUGCUCUCUUGACUACUGUCCUCUCCGACUCUCCACCUGAUCCGGACCUCAUUUACAGCGCAAUGCAAGAUAAGAUCCACCAACCGUACAGGAAGACCCUGAUCCCUGCAUUGCCCGCCAUUCUAUCCUCCAUGUCACCGAAAACGCACAAGGGCCUGUUGGGGAUAUGUCUGUCGGGCGCCGGCCCGACGAUAUUGGCCCUCGCCACCGAGAACUUCGACGCCAUUGCUGGUGUCAUUGUCCAGCGGUUCAAGGACGAGGGCAUCAGCUGCGAGUGGAAGAUCUUGGAGCCGGCCGAAGACGGUGCAACUGUCCAGGAAGUCCCGGGCGACGUUCCAUCGUAUCUACGUGAGAUUAGACAGACGUAA